AUGCCGAUUCUUGAAUAUAUUAAUGAGGAGGGGUAUAGAAUUGAUGGAAGAAAAGAAAAUGAAUGCAGGUUUAUAAAAAUAAACGUAGGAAGUGAAAAUAUAUUUACAGAGGCAGACGGAUUUUCCUUUUACGAAAUAGGAAACACAAAAUUAUUCUCGUAUAUACAAGGACCAACAGAAUUAAAAAAAUCGGAUGAAAAAUGUUCAAUAAAGUGUGAAGUAUUUUUAUCUCCAUUUAAUGUAUAUGAAAAAAAAAAAAAAAAAACGAAAGACAGCAUAACAAAUGAAAUAAGUGCUUACAUAAGAAACAUUUGUGAAAACGUCAUAUUGUUAGAUUUAUAUAAAAAUUCUGAAAUAAAUAUAUUUUUGUACAUAAUAGAACGAGAUGGAGGUGUGAAACAUGCUGCUAUAAAUGCAUGCAUGUUAGCAUUAAUAGAUGCCGGAAUAUCUGUUAGGUAUUUUGUAUCAGCAUGUUCUGUUUUAUAUUUACAAAAUCAUAUAAUAGUAGAUGGUAAUCAGUUAGAAAUUAAUUCAGGGGCCCCUGAAUUAACUAUGGUAAUCGAACUCAAUACACAGAAAAUUAUUUUGUUAGAAUUUGAUGCUGAAGUUCCUAUUGACAUUUUUGAAGCCAUGGUUCGUACUUGCAUUGAAUGUUGCGUCAAUUUAGGAAACGUUAUGAAAUUAACAGUGAAGGAGAACGCUAUCAAAUUGUUAUGUUUGAAUAAUGCAUUAAAUGCAUAA